GUAUAAUGUGUGUAUUAUGGCUUAUGGGCAGACUGGUAGUGGGAAAACAUAUACAAUGUUGGGCCCACAGCUUGAAAACAGUUUCCAUUUCCCUGUGGAAGAUGAGACAGAAUUAGGAAUCAUUCCUAGAGCCAGCAAAGAAGUAUUCAGGCUUCUUUCAGAAAAGCCACCAGGAAACCAUUGGGUUGAGGUUUCUGUUGUAGAAGUGUAUAAUAAUGAAGUUUUUGAUCUUUUGGCCAAAGACAACUCUGGAAGACUGAACGGUAUCAAAAGGGGUAUAAUGACAAAUAAAGAAGGAAAGAGUGAUAUUCCACUUCUUACCUAUGAACCUGUUGAAGAUGUUGUGGAAUUCUUGGAGCUUGUUACUCAGGGGCUACAGUUGAGGGCCAAACACCCAACCCUUGUACACACUGAUUCAUCUCGUUCACACCUUGUGAUAACUUUGACAAUAACCAUCAAGCCUGCCUCAGAGGAUGAUUUUGCUCCUCCCUGGGCAGGUGACCAUUCUAGUCAAAAGCUGGGUAAACAACAUUUCUUCACUUCUCCUAACUCUUCUAGAGUUUCUUCACCAGCACAGCUUUUCAGGAAAUCUGUGGAGAGGCUGAAGCGAAUGAGAACAAAACUUCAGUUGGUGGAUUUAGCUGGUAGCGAAUGUGUUGGUAUGUCUGGUGUAACUGGGUCACUGUUGAGAGAGACUUCCUUCAUUAAUCGCAGCUUGUCUGCUCUAGCAGAUGUACUUGGUGCCAUAUCAGAACAGCACUCCCAUAUUCCAUAUCGAAAUAGCAAACUUACGCAUUUACUACAGGAUGCCAUAGGUGGUGAUGCAAAGUUGCUGGUCUUGUUGUGUGUCUCUCCAAGCCAGAAGUACAUAACAGAAUCACUUCAAACCCUGGGAUUUGGGUCUCGUGCUCGGCAAGUUCAGAGGGGGCAUGCCAAGAAAAGAAAUGAACUGGUGCUAAACAAAUCCAAAUAA